AUGAUCAUCACCCCCAAAACCCAUAACAAAUCGGCUCUCAAGCUAAAGCUGGCCGAGCCCGAGCGACACUACCGACAGGGAGAUAUUGUCGCCGGUACCGUGGUCAUCCACCCCACCAAGCACGAGCUCUCCUUUGACGCCAUCUCCCUGCAGCUCAAGGGUUACAUCCAAACCCGAUCGGAGGACGGAACCCAUUGCCACCAGGCUUGCUUCCUCUCUAUCGACAAGAAUCUCGACGCCAACCUCACUAACCUGCCCUCUCAGGGAAAGUCCAAGGCUUUCCACGCCAACCAGGUCUACCGAUAUCCCUUUGAGUUCGAGCUCCCUAUCGAUGUGCCCAAGGAGGGUAUCACCGCUCGAUGCGACGCCCAGUACCUCAAGCUGCCCCCUUCUUUCGAGAUUGCCACUUCCAACGUUGUUGGCACAUACGCCUCUAUCCACUACGUGGUCGAGGCCGCGAUUCUCUCUGUCAACGAUAGGGAGCAGACCUCUUAUUUCCAGGGAACGUCCGGAGCCUCGUACGGUAUUGCCGGCGGGCUGCGAUCCAACCCCGGAUCUCUACCUGGAUCCGCCAACAACUCUGCUCCUAGCUCCCCCGGCACUCCUUCCACAAUGAUGCACACUUCGCCAAUCCGAAAGGUGUCUGUACCCAUUCUGGUCGUGCCCAACUACCACCCUCACACCCAGGCCAACCUGUUCAAGCCUGGUCUUCUGCAGCAGGCUGAAGCCGCCGGUGACUCUGCUAAGGCCCACGCUAAGUUCAAGGCCGGAGACGUCCAGCUCAUGGGAAUCACCUCCAUGAACAAGAUCCCCAUCAUCAAGACCUACAAGACCAGUUCUUCUUCUACCAUCACUGUUCCCCUGAACAUCCGAUUUACUCCUGAGGAUCCCACUGGAACCACCCCCGAGGUUGUUUCCAUCUCUGCAAAGCUCCAGGCUUACACUGUCAUCUCUCACGAGAUCCCCCAGUAUCUGUGGUCUUCCCAGCACUACGAUCCCGCCUCUGGCAAGCCUGUUCCUCGACAAUCUGUGGCCGAGUCUUCUCGAAACUUGUUGCAUGUUUCCCAGAAGAUCCGACCCGCAUUUGCUCUCACCGACAAGGCUGACAAGUACACUGUCAACUUUGCUCUGUGCAUCCCCGACAAGAUGAAGAAGUCUCUGGUCCCCUCUUUCAACUUUGCAUCCAUUUCUCAUGGUUACCGACUCAAGUUCUACGUCACCUUUGCAAACAGAGUCAUUGCCACUGUUGCUUACCCCGUCAUUGUGUCUGGAUACGCCGCUGAGUCCAUCUCUGCUUUCCCCUCUUCCGCUUCUCUUAUGUCGCUCAACAACGCUGGUGGCAACGACGCUGUCUCUAUCCCUGUUGAUGUCAACGCUCAGUCUACCAAGUUCGUCAUCGGCUCCGGUCUGCCCGAGUACGAGCACGAUGAUCCGGACAGUGCUCCCAUGUCUAGAAACACUUCGGGCACCAACCUCGCAUCUCUGGCCACCCAGAACUCUGCUGCCCAAAGUGGACACCAGAACAGUGCUCACCACAUUCUGAACCUGAACCAUGAGAACAGCAGAAGCACGAGUUCGCUCGUUGGAACCCUGAAACGAGCAAUGUCUGCAACCUCUCUUCACAAGAAGAAGGAUUAA